AUGGUUGAAGAUUCUACAGUUUUCGAAAAAGUGGCCAAGUCAUUUUUCCCAAGACAUAAACAGAGAGUGAUCGAUCAUUAUCAUCAAGAAGGUACUGAUCAACGAUUCAUCACCCAAAUGAAGUCUGUAAUUUCAAGUAAUAAGUUUGCCAAUGAGAUGGCUCGUAAUAGCGUACGGCUAUGCCAUGUCUAUGAGAAUCCCGAUUGGCAUUCAAAAGUAAUGGAUACAUUGGAUAUCGACUUAAUUUAUAAGAAUGUUGACGAAAUGACUCGAGAAAAUGAGGAACAAUAUACUGAUAAUUUAGUAAAAGAAUUAUUAAGAUAUUUCAAAAAUGAUUUUUUCAAAUGGGUCAAUGCACCACCCUGUAUAAAAUGCCAAAAUAUUGAUUCUCGGCAAUUCAAGAGAAGUGAUCACCCUAACAACAUGGAAUCUCAAUAUGAUUGUAGUGGUGUUGAAGUCUAUGAAUGUCAGAAUUGUCAAGUGGAGACACGAUUCCCAAGAUACAAUGACCCAAUAAAACUUUUAGAGACUAGGCAAGGUCGUUGCGGGGAAUGGUGUAAUGUAUUUACUUUAAUUUUAAGAUCAUUUGGGUUAGAGGCUCGGUAUGUAUGGAAUAAGGAAGAUCAUGUAUGGUGUGAAUAUUAUUCAUCAAAUUUGAAAAGAUGGAUACAUGUAGAUUCCUGUGAAGCAUCCUUUGAUGAACCGUUUAUUUAUUCAAUCAAUUGGAAUAAGAAAAUGAGUUAUUGUAUAGCAUUCAAUAAAGAUGGUGUAACUGAUGUGAGUCAUCGGUAUAUUAUUAAGAAUCAAUUACCAAGGACAGCUAUCUCUGAAAAAGAAUUAUUCGAACUUUGUGAAUUUUUUACUAGUCAACUUCGAAAUCAUAAUAAAGAUGAUGAUGAAGUAUAUUCAUUGUACAACCGUGAUGUUAUUGAACAACUAAAAUGGAUUCGUGAUUCUAAAGGAAGUACUUCGACCACUACCAGUACCACUACUCAAGGCAGACAAAGUGGAUCAGCUGAAUGGACUGCACAACGUGGUGAAGAUGGUAAAUAA